AUGGUGCUGUUACUGACUUUGUCUGUGCAGGCUGUUUGUGCUGUUUUGAGAACUCCUAUUGGAAGCAUUGAUCAUUUGAGCGUGAAUUUGCCUGAUGCUGAUGCAUCAAAAGUGCAAUGGACUUUAGAAUGCUAUAGUGGUAUGAGGAAAUCUUAUUGGAUUAUUUGCAAUGGUGAACACGUACAACUUUUAGCACUUGAUAGGACAAAAUUCCCGAGCAGCCUAGUAGUGAGGCCUUCAGAUCUCACCCGACUGCUCGGUCAUUUUCAAUCAUCACUUCAAGAGUUUACUAUUUUCGCGACAGAGCCUACUUCCUCACCUUCUGAUGCAGCAAGUGAAAUUGGAGGAAAAGCAGUUGAACUUAGAAGUUACAUAGACCCAACCAAAGAUAAUGACUCAUUACUGCAUACUCAAUUGUGGAUAGACCCUACAGAAGAGUUUGUGCAGCAUACGCACACAGGAGACCCUGUGGAUGUGACUUUUGCCAUGAAGGAGUUGAAGGCAUUUCUUUCUCUCUGUGAAGUUGAAAUCCACUUGUACUUUGAGAAGUCUGGAGAGCCUAUUCUGAUGGCACCAAGAUUUGGUCUUGAUGAUACAUCUGCAUCAAAUUUUGAUGCUACACUGGUACUUGCAACCAUAGCAUCACAGCAAGGAGCUGCUGAAGUGCACAUUCCGGAUCAGAAUGUCAUGGGGUCAGAAGUGUAGCAUCAAAGGUACCAAACAAAUGCUGAGCAUUCGUCUGAUCACACGAGAAUGUGGUCUGAUCUCACAGGAUCUCUUGCUUGUGAAGGAAGUGGUGGGGAAGUAGGGCAGGCUCAAAGUGAAAGAGAUUUAAAUGCCAGUCCUCAGAGAGAUAUUCAGAGGUUCAACACAAUGCAUAUAUCAAAGGCUGCGGCUGCUGGGGGAAAUGAGCCUGUUGGUCUCAACAUGUACAACCCUCCUGAAAAGAAUCACAUGGAAGAGCCUCAAGAUAGGUCGACGAUCAUUGGUAAUGGCUUUUCACAACGUCAUCCGAGCAACUGGGUAGAUGCAGAUGAAGAUGAUAACGAUGAGGAUGGCGAGGAGGACGAAAUGUACAUCCAGUCAACGCCACCAUACUACGAAGAACACUAAUUUG